CUUGAAGCUUAACAUUCUCCCACAUACCUUGGAGUACAAUUGGAUUUGACUGUUUGUUUCUAUUUACUCAAACAGCGCCAUCAAUAUGCUUUCCUCGGUCAGCCGGUCUGUACUGCGUCAAGCACGCCCUCAGUUCCGGGUCCAAUCACUCUCACAACUCCAGAGGCUACUAUCGACACUAGCCGUCCUCGAACAGAACAAUGGAAAGCUGAACACCGGCUCCCUGAGCGCCGUCACGGCCGCCAAGAAACUCGGAGGCUCAGUUACUGCCUUCGUUGCUGGCGGGAACAUUAAGAGCGUCGCCGAGGAGGCAGCUAAGGUCGAGGGCGUCGAGAAGGUUAUCUCCGUUGACAAUGCGGCAUAUGACAGGGGUCUACCCGAGAACUACGCCCCUCUCUUAGUCGAAAACAUCAAGAAAGGCGGUUACACGCACAUUGUGGCCGGGCACACUGCGUUCGGCAAGAACCUCUUGCCCCGCCUAGCUGCGCUGCUCGACAAGCAACAAAUCUCCGACGUUGUUGCCAUUGAGUCUGAGAAUACCUUCGUCCGCCCAAUCUAUGCUGGAAAUGCUAUCGCAACCGUGGAGUCCUCCGAUGACAUCAAAAUUGUGACUAUCCGUGGAACCGCGUUCGCCGCAGCUGCUACCACUGGCGGCUUGGCUACAAUCGAGGAAGGCGUUGACCCUAAAUCCGAGAGCACAACCGAAUGGGUCUCUGAGGAUCUUGCAAAGAGCGAUCGCCCUGAUCUGGCGACCGCCAGCAAGGUCGUGUCAGGUGGCCGUGGCUUAAAAUCUAAGGAGGAGUUCGAUAAGAUUAUGCUGCCCCUUGCAGACGCCCUAGGCGCUGCUGUUGGUGCUUCAAGAGCGGCCGUGGACAGCGGAUAUGCUGAUAACAGCUUACAAGUUGGGCAAACGGGCAAGGUGGUUGCACCACAGUUGUACCUAUGCGCCGGUAUUUCCGGUGCUAUCCAGCAUUUGGCAGGAAUGAAGGAUAGCAAGGUGAUUGCGGCCAUCAACAAGGAUCCCGAUGCACCUAUUUUCCAGAUCGCGGAUGUGGGCUUGGUGGGUGAUCUGUUUGAGAAGGUGCCAGAAUUGACGUCCAAGCUCCAAAAAUAAAUAGAUGAGAAUAAAUAUUUA